GGUGACAGGGCGCUGGCUGCCCCAGCGGUGGAGAAAUCCAGAGGGCAGGAGCAGCCGGCCCCGGCAGACGCACCCUGCUCGCUGCCUGCCUGCGGCCUGCUCUGCACGCGGGAUGGCCCUGAGGAGAGGAGGCCUGGCCCUGGUGGUGCUGCUGGUCUCCUGGGCGGCACGGGGCCCCUGUGGCCUGGAGGCCGCAGAGCCCGGAGGACCGGGGGACGCUGAGGGCCUGCAGUGCCCGGCCGUCUGCACCUGUGGCCACGACGACUACACGGACGAGCUGGGCGUCUUCUGCAGCUCCCGGAACCUCACGCGGCUGCCGGAUGGCAUCCCAGCUGGCACCAGGGCCCUGUGGCUGGAUGGCAACAACUUCUCCUCUGUCCCCGCGGCGGCCUUCCAGAACCUCUCAGGCCUGGGCUUUCUCAACCUGCAGGGCAGCUGGCUGGCCGGCCUGGAGCCCCAGGCACUGCUGGGCCUGCAGAACCUGUACCACCUGCACCUGGAGCGGAACCAGCUGCGCAGCCUGGCGGCCCGCACCUUCCUGCACACGCCGGGCCUGGCCUCGCUCGGCCUCAACAACAACCUCCUCAGCAGGGUGGACGAGGGCCUCUUCCAGGGUCUGAGCAACCUCUGGAACCUCAACCUCGGCUGGAACAGCCUGGCCGUGCUCCCCGACACGGCCUUCCAGGGCCUGGCCAACCUCCGGGAGCUGGUACUGGCAGGCAACAAGCUGGCCUACCUGCAGCCGGCGCUCUUCUGCGGCCUUGCCGAGCUGCGGGAGCUGGACCUGAGCAGGAACGCCCUGAGGAGCGUCAAGGCCAACGUCUUCGUCAAGCUGCCCAAGCUCCAGAAGCUCUACCUGGACCACAACCUCAUCGCCGCCGUGGCCCCCGGCGCCUUCCUGGGCAUGAAGGCGCUGCGCUGGCUGGACCUGUCGCACAACCGCGUGGGCAGCCUCCUGGAGGACACCUUCCCGGGCCUGCUGGGCCUGCACGUGCUGCGCCUGUCGCACAACGCCAUCGCCGGCCUGCGGCCCCGGACCUUCAAGAACCUGCACUUCCUGGAGGAGCUGCAGCUCGGCCACAACCGCAUCCGGCAGCUGCCGGAGAAGGCCUUCGAGGGCCUGGGCCAGCUGGAGGUGCUCACACUCAACAACAACCAGAUCCAGGAGGUCAGGCCGGGCGCCUUCCUCGGCCUCUUCAACGUGGCUGUCAUGAACCUCUCUGGCAACUGUCUGCGGAACCUUCCAGAGCAGGUGUUCCAGGGCCUGGGCAAGCUGCACAGUCUGCACCUGGAGGGCAGCUGCCUGGGCCGCCUCCGCCCGCACGCCUUCGCCGGCCUCUCGGGGCUGCGCCGGCUCUUCCUCAAGGACAGCGGCAUCGUGGCCGUGGAGGAGCAGAGCCUGUGGGGGCUCGGGGAGCUCCUCGAGCUGGACCUCACCUCCAACCAGCUCACGCACCUGCCCGGCCGGCUCUUCCACGGCCUCGGCAAGCUGGAGUACCUGCUCCUCGCCCGCAACCGGCUGUCGGCACUGUCGGCGGAUGCCCUGGGGCCCCUGCAGCGCGCCUUCUGGCUGGACGUGUCGCACAACCACCUGGAGGCCCUGCCCGAGGGGGUCCUCUCGCAGCUGGGGCGGCUGCAUUACCUCAGCCUCAGGAACAACUCCCUACGGACUUUCGUGCCGCAGCCCCCUAGCCUGGAGCGCCUGUGGCUCGAGGGCAACCCCUGGGACUGCAGCUGCCCCCUCCAGGCCCUGAGGGCCUUCGCCCUGCAGCACCCCACCGUCGUGCCACGCUUCGUCCAGGCCGUGGUGGAGGGGGAUGACUGCCAGCCCGCCGUGUACAACUACAACAACAUCACCUGUGCCAGCCCUCCUGGCGUCUUGGGCCUCGAUCUGCGGGACAUCAGCGAGGCCCACUUUGCUCACUGCUGACCUGAGGCUUGCCCGGCCGGACACCGCCCUGGGGUCAGAACGGGCCCUCAGCAUCACCGGAGCCUGCGGGCACAUGGCCCCUCAGCUUUCGGGGGCCAGGCCCCAUACUGCACACUUGCUGGGGUCCCUCCUCCAGGGGACACACAGUUCUGGGGCUUUGUUGGUGCAGGCUCAGGACCUGUGGGCACCAGCCUGGUCCCUGAGGACCUGACCAGGACGGUGGGGGGUGGGCGGGCGGGCACAGCCCUCCCCAUCUGUCAUCAAUUAAAGCAGUCUAAUAAACACAACGUGCGACCACAGGGAUAACACUCGGGGGAGGGGAGGGAAGCGCUGGCCCCGGCUUGCUGCGGUCCACCCCGCCAUGCCCUCCAUGCUGUGUGCCCUUCGCAGUCCGUCCCCUUCCUGUGCCUGGACUCUCUCCACGUCCCCCGACCUCUGGGCCCUCCUGGGACACCAGCCCUGACCUGAGGAGUGGCGGGCACUUACUCAGGUCCUUCCAGAACCUCAUUGUCCUGGUCCUGGCCCUCCUCUUUGGGCAGUGUCCUCAGAGGCAGCCUGGUCAUCGGAAGCCAGAGCCGAGCUAUGGUGGCCGCUGCUCCGAGAGGCCCAGUAGUUAGCAGUGGAGGCCCGAGUGGGCCCAGAGUGGGGCCGAGCCUCACUCCCCAGGAUCAUGUGUUCCCAUCCAAACCCCUCAACGGCUCCCUGCCGCACGCCACCGCCUCAGCA